CUUUUUUUACACGUAAAUCAUGGACGACUUAAUUCCACUUUUUGUCAAAGUCGGCCUGACAGAACAGAAGGCUAAAGAUACUGUCAAAAACAAAAAACUUGCUCCCACAUUUGAGAGAGUUAUCUUGGAAUCCGGCAGCGUGAACGGCUGUAGUAAAGAAACUGGCAAUUUGCUGUAUUUCCUUGCAUCCAAGAUUACCAAGGACGCCGAAGUUCACUUGCCUUUUCUUUCGAGAAAGAUUGCCUCUGGCGAUUUGAAGACCACUGAGCAGGUUUCUGCUGCCAUUGCAUUCUUGGAUGAGAAGCUUCCUCCAAUUGACGAAGCUGCUUUCAACGAAGAAGCUGGUGUUGGUAUUACCGUCACUCCUGAGCAGAUCAAGGAUGUCAUCGCCUCAUACAUCGCAGAAAAUAAGAGCAACAUUGAAGAAAACAGAUACCGAACUCUUGGACCUUCAUUGGCGGCAACCAAGAAGCUCCCCGAAUUGCGUUGGGCUGAUGGUGCUGCUGUUAAGACCGAGCUUGAAGCUCAGUAUCUCGCACUUCUUGGUCCCAAAGAUGAGCGAGACGCUCCUCAGAAGAAAAAGAAGGAACCCAAGCCAGCCCCAGCAGCAAAGUCCACAGUGGAGGAGGCAGCAAAGUCAGUAGACCCAGCGGCAACCGUCAAAAAAAUGUUCUUUGAAGGAGAAAUCUCAAACUUGCACAAGCCUGGUGGUAACAAACAAAUCAACCCCGAGUUGAUGAAGAAGCAUCUGGAAGUCACUGGUGGAAAAGUUGUGACUCGGUUCCCACCAGAACCCAACGGUUAUCUCCAUAUUGGACAUGCUAAAGCCAUUAACGUUAACUUUGGCUAUGCAAAAGCUCACAAUGGCAUCACUUAUUUGCGAUAUGAUGACACCAACCCAGAGGCUGAAGAAGAGAAAUAUUUCACCUCGAUUUUGGACACUGUGAGAUGGCUUGGUUUCGAGCCCUUCAAGAUCACCUACUCCAGUGACUACUUCCAGGAACUUUACGAAUUAGCUAUCAAACUAAUUAAGAAGGGAUUGGCUUAUACUUGCCAGUGUACUGGAGACGAGAUUGCAGCUCAUCGUGGAGGUGAAAACAGAGGACCCCGUACUGCUUGUGUUCACCGUGACCGACCGAUCGAGGAGACCCUUAAACAGUUCCAAAUGAUGAAGGAUGGUCGUUUCAAGGAAGGUGAAAUCACUCUGCGUAUGAAGAUGGAUUUGGAAAAUGGCAACCCUCAAUUCUGGGAUUUGAUCGCCUACCGCAUUCUUUACACUCCUCAUCACCGCACUGGUUCUCAGUGGUGCAUAUAUCCUACUUACGACUUUACGCACUGUCUUGUCGAUUCGCUCGAAAACAUUACUCACUCCCUUUGCACCUUGGAGUUCCGUCUCUCCCGAGAAAGCUACUACUGGCUUUGUGAUGCUGUUGAAGUGUACAAGCCUGUCCAGUGGGAAUACGCCAGAUUGAAUGUUACAAAUACCGUCAUGUCCAAGCGUAAGAUUCUCAAGAUGGUCAAUGAAAACUAUGUUAAUGGAUGGGACGAUCCAAGACUCUUCACUCUUGUUGGUAUCAGACGACGUGGUGUUCCUCCGGAAGCUAUCAACAAUUUUGUUGCUGAAUUGGGUAUCUCAUUGUACAAUGCUCAGACCGAUGUGAUCCGUCUCGACAAUCAUACUCGUGAUUACCUCGAUCGCACUGCUCCUCGAUUAAUGACCAUCCUCAAGCCAGUCAAGGUGGUCAUUGAAAACCUUCCUAAUGAUCAUUUGGAGAUGUUGACCAUUCCCAACAAGCCCCGUGAUCCUGCCAUGGGCGAACACACCGUUCCUUUCACCAACACUGUUUAUAUUGAAGCUGCUGACUUCCGUGAACAGGAUUCUCCUGAUUACUACCGUCUUGCUCCUGGAAAGACUGUUGGCUUGCUUCAUGUCAAGUGCCCUAUUACAUGUACGGAAGUAGUGAAGGAUGCCAAUGGCAAUAUCAGUGAAAUUCGUUGCCGUUAUGAAAACGGCGAAGGUGUUAAGAAGCCAAAGACUUACAUCCACUGGGUCGCCGAUUCUCCCAAGCAUGGAUCUCCCAUCAAAUUGGAUGAAAUCAGAUUGUACGAAAUUCUCUUCAAUCAUGCCAAUCCCUCUGACAAGACCUUGGUUCCUGAAGGAUACCUCUCUGAUAUCAAUGAAAACUCUAUCUCACUGGAAACGGGUGCUAUUGCUGAAAUCGGUCUGUGGGAUCACCUUAAAGAUUGGAUUGCCAAGACAGGUGGAAAGGAUUUGGAGAGCGCUAGAUGGCAAUUUGUCAGAAACGGCUAUUUCUGUCUCGACAAGGAUACCGAGCUGGAUAUUAAUGCUGCCAAGACAGGCAAUGUAAGAGAUGCUGCCAAGAGAUUGGUCUUCAAUAGAACCGUCACUCUCAAGGAAGAUUCAAGCAAAGACGAUGCGGCUGUUAGAAAAGGAGGUAUCAUCGACACCAGAAAGAAGCGGGCAUAAAGUAAUGUGAAUGGAUGGUUAGCUAAGAUGAUGUAGAAUAUAACUCGGGGUAUAUAUAAAACUUAUGAUGUUUAGAACUUAUUGUUUUUAUAUUACUGAACUGAAUGGAACAACUAUACAAUCUAUUUAGGAGGAGGG